AUGGGUGUGGACCAGAGGGGAGCACGUUACAGCGUGGAGAGAGACGUCCUGGAUGAGAAGAGGCUGGAGGAGGCAGCCCGCAGAGUGGACCAUUCGGAUACGGCCUCACUAACAGAGCGCUUCAAAGACUCGCUGAGAUGCUCUGUGCCCAGGCUGAAACGCAGUGUGGUGGGCUGCUUGCCUGUGUUGUACUGGCUCCCUCGUUAUUCUAUCUGGGACUAUGGCAUGGCCGACCUUAUCUCAGGCAUCAGUGUGGGCAUCAUGCACCUGCCACAGGGGAUGGCCUAUGCCCUGUUGGCUUCGGUGCCCCCUGUGUUUGGACUGUACACUUCCUUCUACCCCUCUCUGGUCUAUUUCAUCUUUGGGACAUCCCGGCAUAUCUCCAUAGGUACAUUCACAGUGCUCAGUAUCAUGGUGGGCAGUGUCACAGAGAACUUGGCUCCAGACCAAGACUUCCUCAUCCUGAAUGGUACAAACCUGACCGAUGUGGUGAACAUCACAGCCCGUGAUGCCUACAGGGUCAAAGUGGCGGCCACAACAACCAUCCUGGGAGGAGCUAUCCAGGUGGUUCUGGGUAUGGUGCGGUUUGGCUUUGUGGGUACAUAUUUGUCAGAGCCACUGGUCCGGGCCUACACUACAGCUGCUGCCGUUCAUGCUGUGGUCGCACAGCUCAAAUACGUCUUUGACGUGUCCCCCAAACGCUUCAUCGGUCCCCUCUCCCUGGUGUAUACGCUGAUAGAUGUGUGCUCACUGUUACCAGAGACACAUUGGCCCACUCUGUUGGUGAGUUUUGUCUCUCUGGCAGUUCUCAUCAUCGCCAAGGAGCUCAACUCUGCCUUCAGCCACAAACUACCUGUCCCUGUUCCAGUGGAGCUCAUCACUAUUGUGGUGGCCACACUGAUAUCUCACUACGCUGGUCUGCACCACAGAUCUGACGUGGAUGUGGUGGGGGAGAUCCCAAGUGGGCUGAAGUCCCCUGUCGUGCCAGAGGUCAAUAUUUUUUGGGAGGUGCUUGGAGAUGCCUUUGCCCUUGCCAUUGUUGGCUACGCCAUCUCCAUCUCCCUGGGCAAGACCUUUGCCCUCAAACACGGCUACAAGGUGGACAGUAACCAGGAGCUGGUAGCCUUGGGCCUCAGUAAUGUGGCUGGUGGGUUCUUCCAGUGUUUUUCCGUCUGUUCCUCCAUGUCCCGCAGCCUGAUUCAGGAGACAACAGGGGGAAAGACGCAGAUGGCUGGGGUGGUCUCUGCUGUGAUAGUACUGGUGACAGUUCUAAAGCUGGGGGUGCUUUUCCAGGAACUGCCCAAGGCGGUUUUGUCAGCUAUCGUUAUCGUCAACCUGAAGGGCAUGUUCAAGCAGUAUUAUGACGUCAUCACACUGUGGAGAACCAGCAAGAUCGAUCUGCUGGUGUGGGUGGUCACCUGGGUCUCCACGCUGCUGUAUAACCUGGACUUGGGUCUGGCCAUCUCCAUCACCUUUGCCUUGCUGACUGUCAUCUUCAGAACUCAGCUUCCAACAUAUUCAGUCCUGGGACAGGUUCCAGGCACAGAGAUCUACCUAGACAUGGAGACACACAAGGAGGUGAGAGAAAUCCCAGGCAUCACCAUCUUCCGCUCGUCUGCCACAGUGUACUUUGCCAAUGCAGAGCUGUAUCUGGAUGCCUUGAAAGAGAAGAGUGGGCUGAACAUCACAAAAAUGAUCACCUACAAGAGGAGGCAGGAGGCCAAGCAGAGACGCAGAGAGCGGAGGGCACAGAGGAGAGCCAAGAGAGAGGCCAAGAGACAGAGGGAGGCCCUGACUGCAGGGGGGGAGGCCAGAGAGGAGGUGUUCUCCGUGGAGGAGGAGGCGAGUCGUUGGAAGGAGAAGGAAAAACAGGAGAACACGUCCAGCGAUGAACAGUAUUUGGGGCGUCGGGGGAACGGCACGGUGUUUGUCAUGCCAGCGACACCAAAUGCCCAUGGCAGCUGGGAGUACCUGAAAGGUGGAGACCCUGACUCCACCACGCUGGGCUCCAUCUCAGAGCUGGAUGGGGACACGACCACCCUGUCCAGCUGUGAUGACACCCUCAGCAGGGAUCUGGAGAGGGUGUCUCUGGGCUCGUUGGGCAAGUGGACCUGGGACAUCCACUCUAUCAUCCUUGACCUCUCCACUGCAAACUUCAUUGACACAGUGGCCAUCAAGACAAUCCGAAAUAUAUUCCAGGACUUUGGGGAGAUUGAUGUGGAUGUCUACAUAGCUGGCUGUCAGGCCUCUGUGGUGGAGCAGCUGGAGCGUGGGGACUUCUUCAGUUCUUCCAUCACCAAAGGUCGCCUAUUUGCUAGUAUACACGACGCUGUGCUGCACUGCCUCAGCCACCGGGGGGCGUCAGCUGUGCCAAGCUAUGAUUGUGCAGUGGGACUGUACAGCUGGGCUGCAUGA